AUGUCGGAUAUCGCAGCAGUUACUGAGAAGCUUCCGCUUCAGCCAGAAUCUGCUUUCCCAGAUGUUCCCUUCUUUCAGGGAUCGGAAGCACCAUGUCGAUUUGAGGCUGAGGUGUACAACUGCGUCGUCCGCGGAACGAUCCCGCAAGAAGUUCAGGGUACCUACUAUCGUUGCAUGCCGGACGCUCUUUGGGCGCCAAAAUAUGACGACGAUGUCUUCAUCAAUGGCGAUGGUGCAAUCGAUGCGAUCCGAAUCAAGGAUGGACAUGCCGACUUCAAGCAAAAGUAUGUCCGGACCUCCAAGUUCGUGAUCGAACGAGCGGCUCGCCAGGCAGUAUUCGGGAAGUACCGUAACCGCUAUACCGAUGACCCUCGCGUGAAGCACGAGAUUCACUCCACCGCGAACACUCAUAUCAUCUACUUCGAGAAACAACUGCUGGCUUUGAAAGAAGACUCCCCGCCUUACGCGAUGGACCCGAACACUUUGGAGACUAAGGGACCGUAUGACUUCCACGGGCAGUACACUGCACCAACCUUUACUGCUCACCCAAAGGUUGACGCUAGCAACGGCGAAAUGAUGACAAUGGGGUAUGAGGCUAAGGGAGAUGGCACGACUGACGUUGUGUAUUAUCUCUUCAGCAAGGAGGGCAAGAAGUUGGAAGAAUGUUGGUUCAACGCCCCCUACGUUGGAAUGAUGCAUGAUAUGGCAGCUACCGAUAAAUGGGUGAUUUUCAUCGUUCCUCCCCUGGAGGCCCAGCCCCUGGAUGAGCUCAAGAAAGGAGCAAAGCACUUUGCCUGGUCCGAGGACAGACCGUUGACCUUUGGAAUCUUGCCCCGUCGCAACCCCAAGCCAGAAGACAUCAAAUGGUUCACUUACAAGAACGCGUUCUACGGACACACGGGAAAUGCAUUUGACGGUGAUGAUGGUUGUGUUUAUCUAGACGCACCACUUACCUAUUUCAACAAGUUUUGGUUCUUCCCCCCACGCGGUCAAGACCCGAUGGAGGCAGCGAGUGGAAAGCCUCCUGCCCAAGGCGGAGUGGUCAGUCAUUACGUGCGAUGGAAGUUUGACCCAAAUGCUACCGAUUUCCAUGUCGAACCUGUUGAAUUGGUCAAUGCCGACGGCGAAAUGCCGAAGGUUGAUGAUCGUUAUGCUGGCAAGCCUUACAAUACCCUCUUCUUGGCCAUGCAUGACCCUACCAAGGAGAAUGGCCCCGUCGGUGGCGUGUACAAUGCUAUUGCCAGAUGCAACGUGGGUACUGGGGAAUUGACUCAUUGGUCCGCUGGAGACCAUACUGCUAUCCACGAGGUGGCGUUCAUUCCUCGGAAAUCUGACUCGCCGGAGGCAGACGGAUACCUAAUCACUCUCGCCAACAGGCGGGAUACUGGUCUUUCUUGCAUCCUGAUACUGGACUCGGAGAAACUUUCUGAAGGCCCCGUUGCAGUAAUCGAGCUUCCAUUCCGCCUCAGAAACGGGAUUCAUGGAAGUUGGGUCCCGGCGGCGGAGCUGGAUCCCCAGGUGGACCUCUGCGACAUGUCUGGUGUCACUGAGAAAAUUCGCCAGGAAUUUGGUAACAACAAAGUCACCUUUCCAGAGUUUUAA